AUGGGUGAUAGUGACGGAGAAACAAACACAAACAGACACUUUAUAAACAUCCGUGACGAAGAUGUUUCAUCAAAAAUAGUGAAUACGGGGGAAUUCCAAAAAUUCUGCCACAAUUUAUCUUACGUACACCGUGAUAUUUGUAUUACCGAAUUUAAACGUGAUAUAAACAACGACGACACAUUCAAAGCAUAUCUGCAAAUCCCAAAGAAAACGAUAAUUGAAGUGAACGCGUACAACGACGAGACAGAUUUUGUUGUGCACUUCCUUUUUGAAUGCAACAGCAAAACAAAAAACAGCCAUGAAGUCAAAUUCUACUUGAAAGAGGAACUGGCAAAAAAAUGCGCCGAAAACUAUGUCAAAUUUUUGGCUACAACCGGUAUCCAACAACAACAUAACAUCGAUGAAGGCAUGAACGAGAUCAUCGUGCAAAAUGCUACAUCAGUCAGAAGCAAAAACCUAAAUGAGGUGGAUCUUAACCAAAAAAUCGACAAAUUAAUUGAACAAGUGAACAAUCUCACCAAGCUACUUGCUGAACAACAAGAAGAAAAUGCACGACUCAAAGAAGAGCUGAAAAAAUUGAAUGGCGAACGGAGCGAACGUCCGCAUAAAAAACGACGAAGAGAAAAUCAUAACAUGAACCCCACCGCAAAAACAGCAAAUGAUGAAUUUUCAGAUUUCACCGAUGAUGAAAUGCAAUAUCUUGAGGAAUCGAAUAAAACUGCACCGCAAGAAAAAAUCACACCAAAAAAACAUCCAAUUGUAAACACAACGCAUAAUACACAAACGAGCCCAAUUGAAUCAGCAUCAAAUGCAAAAACAACAAAACAG